AAUCUUUGAAAUAAGAGAUUGAGAUAGAGGAAGUCUACCCAAAAACAUACCAUAUCAUAUACGAAUUAAUUGAAGAGGUUAGGAUUGUAGAUAAUAAAUUAGUGAAAUUAGUAGUGGAUUCUACGUGGACGAAGACUUUUUUCUUCCCACACUACGAGAAGCUCUAAUCAUAGAAAUCGCGGAUUGAAUUUAGAAGAGUCAAAUUAAGUAUUUCCUAGAGCCUUGAUGUCAGGAGAACAACCUCUAGAUCGAGUGGAUUUUAAUGGUAACGGCUCUGUCUACGUUUCAUCAAUCAACACCCUUUGAUAUGCCUGUUUAUUGACGAUUGCGCACACUCUGACUAUCAGAAAACUCAAAAAACAAAACAAAAAAACUCUGCCAAACUGGCAGACAACAGAAGAAUUCGGAAUCUUCACAUCGGAAUUGGUUUCUUAUCACUUGUAGUUGGAUUACUAGUAUCAAGAAUGUUUCUUCAGAAGGCAUGGAGAACAGCUGCUUUUGGUGUAUUUGGAUAUCUCAAUUUUACAAAAUCAGGUUUCAUUGAACAUUCUAAGAAGUUUAAAGAAGAUGAAAUGAAAAUACGAAUAGAUGGCAAGAAUUGUGUAGUUACUGGAGCUAAUUCAGGAAUCGGUUAUGCUGUUGCUGAGGCUCUUGCUUCUAGUGGGGGAAAUGUGUAUAUGGUGUGUCGAAAUAAAGAACGAGGAGAGGCUGCUGUUUCAAAAGUUCAAUCAGCCACUGGUAACCAAAAUGUGUACUUAGAGGUAUGUGAUCUUUCGUCUAUCAGUGAUAUCAAGUCAUGCGCAUCAAGAUUUUAUUCGAAGGAGCAACCUGUCCAUAUGUUGGUUAAUAAUGCUGGAUUAAUUGAUAAUAACCGAACUACUACACCAGAAGGACUGGAGAUGAACUUUGCCGUAAAUGUAGCAGGAACUUUUUGUAUAACAGAGUUGAUGUUGCCGUUGCUGGAGAAAGCGACACCUGAUGCUCGAGUAAUUACAGUGUCCUCUGGUGGGAUGUACACGUCCCCCUUAACGGCAGAUUUACAGUUCAGUGAAAGCAAGUUUGAUGGAGUGCUGCAGUAUGCUCGAAACAAGAGAGUUCAGGUGGCCUUGACUGAAAAGUGGGCAGAACUACAUAAAAACAAAGGAAUUGGAUUCUAUUCGAUGCAUCCUGGUUGGGCUGAGACACCAGGUGUCGCUCAAAGCUUACCUGAUUUUUCUGAAAGAAUGUCAGGGAAGCUCAGAACCAGUGAGGAGGGUGCAGACACAAUUGUUUGGUUAGCUUUGCAGCUGAAGGAAAAGCUGGUAUCUGGGUCUUUUUAUUUCGAUAGAGCUGAAGCACCUAAGCACUUGCCCUUUGCUGGGACUAGUGGGUCCCAUGGUAUUAUCGACUCCAUCGUUGAUAGGCUCUACUCCUUGUGUGAUCUUUCUAAAUGAAUUUGAAUUAUGAUUGUGAAGACAUCUAUUUUGCAAUCCAUUACUCUGUAAUAUAUCCCGUUAUAAGUUUCGAUCAUAGCUCAGAACUGGUUUUCUGGACGGAUUUACUGUUUCUGCAAAAGAAGUUUGCUUCCUGUUUCUCCAGAAUACUGGUAUUUGGAGAGUGCCAAUUUCAACCAAAGCUCAAAUGCAUACAGACUGGUCAUGUUAAAAGAUUGCAUCCGCAGGGGGAUUUAGUUCAUAUAGAAAUAGGUAUGGGUGUAAUCAAUUACCGCUGUAAUUUCUGGUUUUACUGAAUGAUAUGUGCAAUAAUAUAUAUUGACCACAAGUGUUCUCGUCCCAGCA